CUUUUGCGGUAUCGGGAACCACGCGUCUCAUCCAUGGCUUCCGCGGACUUGCGCAGGGUGGCAGAUGGCGGCGGUGCUGGGGGCACCUUCCAGCCCUACCUGGAUUCCUUGCGGCAGGAGCUGCAGCAGACGGACCCAACGCUGUUGUCAGUAGUGGUGGCGGUUCUUGCGGUGCUGCUGACGCUAGUUUUCUGGAAGUUAAUCCGGAGCAGAAGGAGCAGUCAGAGAGCUGUUCUUCUUGUUGGCCUUUGUGAUUCCGGGAAAACGUUGCUCUUUGUUAGGUUGUUAACAGGCCUUUAUAGAGACACUCAGACAUCCAUUACUGACAGCUGUGCUGUAUACAGAGUCAACAAUAACAGGGGCAAUAGUCUGACCUUGAUUGACCUCCCCGGCCAUGAGACUUUGAGGCUUCAGUUCUUAGAGCGGUUUAAGUCUUCAGCCAGGGCUAUUGUGUUUGUUGUGGAUAGUGCAGCAUUCCAGCGAGAGGUGAAAGAUGUGGCUGAGUUUCUGUAUCAAGUCCUCAUUGACAGUAUGGGUCUGAAGAACACACCAUCAUUCUUAAUAGCCUGCAAUAAGCAAGAUAUUGCAAUGGCAAAAUCAGCAAAGUUAAUUCAACAGCAGCUGGAGAAAGAACUAGAUACUGAAACUGGUCUGGCCAUUGCUCCCCUCAGACCUGGGACUAUGACUGAAUGUUUAAGGAUGACAACAAGAAGAGAGCAGCAAUAGAUAGCAAGGAGGCCUCUGACCAAGGGAAACUGCUGCCAACAGCUACCAAGCCAACUAGCCUUGGAUCACACAACUGCAGCCAUGGUGCUCAGGAUUCUAAUGUCACACCUUCAUGUUGAUGUAUGUAUGAUCACCCAGCAAGUUAAGAGUGAUCAGAAUCAAUGUGUUUCCACUUGUAAAUAGGCUGUUUGCUUUUUCCAUCUUACACUCAAUUUUCCUGAUGCCUGCAGAACAGGAGCUUUGUUGACAGCUUUUAAGAUUCACCCCCCUCACCCCCACCAUCCCAAAAAAGAAGGCCAAGGGGAUCCUGCUAAUCUGCCAGGUCAGGUCUAGUCUUUGGGGAGAGGGACUGAAUUGCUCAAUUGAGAACAUUUCCUCAAAGGAAUCCUCCAAUUUGCCCUCUGCUAACCCAACUGGAUUCAGCAAAGAUGCAAUGCCCUUGCCAGGGUGCUGAGGCAAUGCCAUGACAUCUUCUUCAAGAGCACCUAACAGUUUAUUAUGGAACCUUAACUCUGUGCCAACUCUACCUGCAAGCAAGGGGACAGGGAUGGUGCCUGCUCAAGACAAUAAUCAGGGAACCAACAACUUCUGAAAAAGGUCUGGCUGCCUUUCCACACCUCAGGAAGGGAGGGGUGGAAACCGCACCUGCGGAAGGGAGCGCCAUGGAACCGCUGAGAUGGAAGGAUGGGAUGAAGCCACCUUCAGCCUCAGAGGCCAAGGGGCUGGGGAGAACCCAAACUCAGAGGAUGUUGUGUGCAUGCUAGGAAAGGCAGGACUCACUAAGGCCCUGUCAAACCAAAUGCUAUCUUUUACUGCUGCUCUAGGCCAGGAUGGAAAAACAGUCCAUGGUGCCUUGGAUGUGUGUGCCCAUGAGAAGGGAACUAGUUUCUACUGUUUUAUGGGAUGUUUUUCAAAAAAGCUAAUCUUUAGUGCCAAGAAAAUAAAAAUCUACCAUACGUUCAUUCACUGAGACCCAGUGCAGAUCCCUGUAAAUAGGGCGGUCUCAGAGGCCACAGGUGAUGGCCCUCACUGCCAACCAGGCAGGACACUGUCAUGUGGACUCCUGUAAAUUCUCUCGAGGUAAGUAAGCACUCUUCCAACAAGCACCACUUGGGGGUGUACCCAUGGUGGGGGGACACUGGCCCACACAGGCAUGCACACCCGUGCAUAUAAAGUACAUAGAGAAAUGGUGGAGAUAUUCCCGUGGGCUAUGUUUGCCUGUAGUUUAACACAACUAUGCAUUAUUUUAUUGAUGGCAAGACAAUCACAAGUUAUUUGACAAUAUUAAGUAUUUCUUAUUUCAACACGUUGCAGUACUUUUGAAUUUCCAAAACUUAUCACAAUGCAAGUUCCAACUUGAGAGCAGGAGAAACAAGAAUAUACAUUGAGCACAUGUAUCUCCGUGAGGAUGUGUUUGUGGAGGGUGUAUACACAAGUCUAUCUCUAUAUAUAAUUAUGUACACACAUAUAAAAACUAAACACAUGACAUCUGAGACACGUUCAAACAUUGGUCUUUGCCUUUUGCAAGAGGUGCUCAGUGGGAUCCUGCUUCCUCUCUUCUUCACCUGAAGAUAAAUUCCUUGCUAGAGAUGAGCUCUGGCAUACAGCCUCCUAGGCAGAGGGUGUGUGGCAGGCCCACUGCACAAAUAUCAGUCCUGCCAGAUUCUGCUGCACUUACUGCCUGCCAUUUCAGAUUAAUUUCUGAGAAGUUUCAAAAUUCAUUCCAACAACCUUGUGGAGUUCAGCCCACCAUACCCCAGAUGGUCAUUCAUCCCAUCUAUGACAUGCCCAGCAGCAGCCUGGAGGGAGAGCCAAUGACAGCAGGGAGGGUGGGGUUUACAUUAUGGCCAGACUCACUGCCCAUUGCACCUGGCUCUGUGCAGGCUCAGGGCAGUGAGUCUGAGUCUAUUUGGAAUGUUAGCCAAGUAGGUUAUAUCAUUUAGUGGGAAGAGAGAGUUCUCUUCAGAGACUUUGCAGAUUCUCAGGACUAAGCCAUUCUCAGGAAUGAAUAAAAAAUGGAAGAGAUGGCUCUCUGGGGGCAAGUCCUAGUGCCCUAGGCAGCCUUCUGGAGACCCCACCUGAACCAUACCCUCAGGUGACCACAGCACAGCUGCAAUAGCCACAAAGAUAUGUCCACAAAGACUUCAACUGUGCCAUGCCAGUGGGGUGAAAACAUAGCAACAAAUCAGCUUUUCCAGAAAGCACUCAACAAUAUUAGCAGCCGAGGCUCUAAGAACAUGGAUCUUUCAAGGUGGUGGUUCUGCAGACAACCCCCCCUCUCCCCAAUCACAGAGGAUCAACUCCAGGUGGUCCAGCUUCCCUGACAUCCAGGGGAAAGGCUUCAGGAUGGCACGCUGCCCAACAUCACACACUGAAUUUCUUAGACUUGGCCCAGGCAUGCGUAUUGACUGCUGGGUGGGCUGGUUGAAAUAUUUUCAGAACUACACAUGGCACCCCAGUCUAUAAACCAUGCACCAUGCAGCUGCAAUUGCCAACAGCACCCUGUCCUUCUGAUGGCCUCUUGCUCUGCCAGUCCCUGAGGGCACAGAGAACACAAGGUUUCCUGUGCCCUCAACCCCCUUCAAGGCUUUUCAGGGAAGGAGAAAGAGACGUGGGAGCAGUUCCCCUGGGGGCUGCUGCCGGGCUGCCUAGAUCCCACAGACCUUGGUCUCAGCUCCACACAAGGUUGACGACCCACUCUGGCCAUGGAAGGACAGAGUCAGAGCUACCUUUUCAGAGGCUGAUGUGUUCAACCAAUGUUUGAUUUAACCAGAGUAGGGCCUGGAGAGUGGGGCCAGAUGGCCCCAGACGGAAGCCUAAUUAAUUUGCUCAGUUAAUUGUUUUAAUUUAUUGGGCUGGGGAUGGGAGGAAGGCAGAGGUGAUGAACGGUUCAAAGAGAACAGGAAGGAGGAGGUGUGUGGAAAAGGUUCUCUAUAAGUUUACAAAUAUACAAAAACAAAAACAUCUUUCAAAUAAAAAUGACUACAUUUUUAUCUGGCAAAAAAUUGUAUACACAUGAUUUAAAUUUUUUUUAAAUUUUAACAGUUUUUGGCAAUCUUAAUAAAGUACAAUAUAUUACAACCAAACCAAAAAA